AAACAUGUUUUUUUUUGCGCAGGCGCCGUGGUCGUAGGGCAUGCCCGCUAUCUGCAUCGCUGUUGGUUUUCCUUCCUGCCUGUUUCACCAGAUUCACAUCUGAAAUCGACACAGCAGACUGUACGACCUAAAAUAAGAUAUUUUCUGUGGUAAAAUUACGGUUUCUUCGUGUCAAGGCAAAAGGCAACGGCUGGAGGUUGAAAAUCAUCCAAGAGGUCGUCUCCCCAGCGGUGAUGUUUGUGGCGUAGGCUCAGGGUGUGUCUCACCUCCCAUGGCUGUUACCACCAUGGACCCAGAGUCAGCCCGCACAUCACAGCCCCAGGGCUCCCUUGGUAAAAGUGGUGGCUCCCUGCUAUCUGUCAGGGGUUUGGGGGCAGCGCUCACCCCUCGAGGGAAGCACUAUGCGUGUGGUUCCAUAGCUGCCUUCACCAACAUCAUGGUGACAUUCCCCAUCCAGAAAGUUCUGUUCAGACAGCAGCUGCACGGUGUGCGGGCCAGAGAGGCCGUCGGACAGCUCCAACGGGACGGGAUGAGGAACCUCUACAGGGGGCUGCUCCCUCCUCUUCUCCAGAAGACCACCACGGUAGCCAUCAUGUUCGGCCUGUACGAGGACUUCUCCCAUGUCUUACUGGACCAGUUGUCCACAGGCAGCGGCAUUCCCGAGCUGGUGACGCGGAGCUUUGCAGCUGCACUGGCAGGCACGGCAGAGGCUGCCCUGAUGCCGUUUGAGCGGGUGCAGACUCUCCUCCAGGACCACCGGCACCACGGCCGCUUCCACAACACGGCCCACACCUUCCGGACGCUCCUAAGCGAGUACGGUGUGAAGGAGUGCUACCGCGGCCUGGUGCCAGUCUUAAUAAGAAACGGUCCCAGUAACAUGCUGUUCUUCGGGCUCCGCGGGCCCAUCAAGGAGCAGCUCCCUGAGGCCUCCAGCCGGGCCGGCCACCUGGUCAAUGACUUUGUGUGUGGAGGGGUGCUGGGGGCGGCGCUGGGGAUCAUGUUCUACCCGCUGAACGUGGUGAAGUCCCGUGCCCAGUCCCAAGUUGGGGGCGCGUUCCGGCCUUGUGGGGAGGUGUUAAUGACGGUUUGGCGGGAGAGAGGCGGCAGCGUGGCCAUGCUGUUCAGAGGGGCCCACCUCAACUACCACCGCUCCCUUCUCUCCUGGGGCAUCAUCAACGCCACAUACGAGCUGCUGCUCAAAGUGUUCUGAUACUGAACGGGGGAUAGAAAGAGGGGGAGGUGUAGAAAGGGAGCGGGAGAAAAAAUGAAAGACUUGGCUAAGUGUUGUUUGAGGGUGAGGAUCCCCAUUAGCUGUUGCACAAGCAGCAGGUCCAUACAGAGCAUCAAUAGACAAGAACAGCUCAAGGACAGAACUACAUAAAAAAGAAUUACCGGCACCUAUAGCAUUCAUAUCAAUGCAUACACACAAACUAUCUAGGUCAAAUAGGGGAGAGGCGUUGUGCCGCGAGGUGUUGCUUUAUCUGUUUUUUGAAUUGAUGCUGUCUCUUGUGUUUGGCACUUGAAACUGAUGUGCCCACUGCCCACCCAAAAAGGUUCAGAUAGUUUAUGUGGGGGGUAAGUGUCUACGGCAAGCAGAAGAGGACAGCGGGUAUCUGAAAGGUGAAGUUUCUCUACUGACAAUGGCCAUCGGGUCAGUGUGAGAUUAAUUGCUGGUCUUGUUUAAAGUCACAGUAUCAAAGUGAGAGGUCUGGGUCCAACGAAAGCCUUCAAUCUUUUUUUUUAUUUUUAUAAAUGUAUCAAUUGAAAUGGAUUUGACAAAUGAUCGACAUUCUGUAAGUACCUUUCCCAUUGUAGUCUGAUGUGUUACCCAACAAAGUUUCAGAGGCGGUUUCAUAGGGGGUAAGCCUUUUCACUGACCAAGAGCACCUCUUAAAGAACUGUUCAUUGUAUUGACCAGUGAUUCUGUGUGCAUUGAUUAUUAGUCCCUUCAACCCCUGCUUUUCCUGCUCUGGUUCUCUGACUGUGAGCUCUGCUAUUUACCAUGUCGGUCAUCUUGGAUUCAGAUUCGACCCUGUGUGGCGUACGACCCUAGAGGAUUGCGGCGUACGACCCUAACUGUGUUUGUCCUGUAGGUAUAGCGCUCGCCAGCUUGUAGUCCUAAAACACGGAAAUGAGUUACCUCUGGUUCGUUCAGCCAUUCCUAUAGGGAAAAUGAAUGGGGAAUGAAUAUGGUUUGGGGAUAAACGCCGAAAAUAAGGUCAGCAUUUAACACAGGCUUAGAAGAUCUUAUACGUUGUGUUCUAUGCGAUAAUAUCAGUAAGUUAACAGGACCUUUAUGAAUUAUGAAGACUGUGCUUUUUUUAUUAAAUAAAUGUGUCAAUUCACAAGUGAUGUUAGCUGAUGAUUAUUAUCUCAUAGAACAAAAUGACAAAUCUCCUAAGCCUGUGUAUACCACAGACCUUUAUUCAAAAACCCUACAAAAACUCAAUUUUGCCAUUGCCAUGGUUUGUUGGACAAAGCCUGAGUUAGUGCCUACCAAAAGAUGCUGUUACUGUUGAUCUCGAUAGUGCUUUCUUUUACUUGAAAGAUGAUUGGAAAAAGCAGUAGCUUAGAAGCACAGGGGAACUGGACUAGGGAAGUGCUAUAUUUCUUCACUGUUAUGAUGUCAUCCAAUGCCAAUCUAAGCAAAUCUUGAAAAUGUUUGUCAAAUGUGUGUUUAAUUAGCAUAUUCCCGAAGUACUACUUGUAGUGUUUGUCUGUCAAAGUGUUGACAAGUACCCAUUGGUUUAAGUAUAAUUCAAAUGUACUUGUUACCCAUAACUUCUUGUCCUUCAUGAAAUGGACUGAAAAAACGUGAGGCAGUGAGACACAUUUGGCAAUAUCUUAUAAAAAUGACACACCAACAAUACAGGAACACAAAUGUUUUGCCUAUCAAUUUAUACUUCCAUCUCUCGAUGUAAUCCUUCAUUUAUACACUUGUUUCUCUCAUAUGUAUUUUUCCCUUGCUCUCUCUUUCUCUCCAUUCUUACUGCUGAACACUUGUGCACACCUCUCUGCCCAUAACCCCUGUUGACAUAAUGGGCUCAAAUUUUAAGCUUCAGUAGAGGCAGUCGCCGUGCAGCAGCCCACACUGAAUAUGACAGGCCAGAAUAGGGAAGGCAUGCUGCUAGGGGAUUGAGACUGGGUUAGAAAGAGGGCACUGGAGGAGUAUGUGAAACUAGUAUGAGCGAGACUGAAUGCAGAUGAAAGUGAGAAUGAGAAAAGGGAUGGGGAGUAAUGUUGUGGCACAGAAAGUGAAAUCUGCCAUUUCAUUUGACCCUCUCGUGAUCUGUAUGCCUUCUGUAUUUUCAACAACAACAAUUCUUAGUGCUGAAUAAGAUCAGUACAGUUUUCAGUUCGUUUUCUAGCUUUGAAGGUACAAGUAUGUUUUACUGAGUAUUUCAGUAAGAACUGUCACUAGGCUAUUAAAUAAAACAUUUCCAAAUUUCAAAUUAAUGUGCUGCUAACCAAGCCAGCAAGCAUUGAAAAUAAACAGUUAAAAUGUCUGAACGGUUGAAAGAGAAA